UUCCAUCUCUAGAUCUCGCGCACAUGUUGAAAACAUAAAUAUUAGAGAAAUGCACAAACGACGAACCGCCAAGUCCAUAAAUAAACCACCGCCAAUCCAGGGAGCUAUAAAGAAGCCCACACCGGCUGCGGAACCCGAGAUCCCCGAGGACAUCGUCACCCAGUUCGAAGUGGAGCUCUGCUGGUGCGUGCAACAGUUGCAGGAUGCCCUCAAUGGAGGAAAACUGAGCCAGAAAGUGGCCGAGGACACCGCCAAGAAUUUGAAGAUCCUGACCAGCCCAAAAGCUCCGCUCAUCAAGAAGCGCCAGGUGAUGAAGAUGUCCCUCGGCGACUACCGAGAAAAGAUGCAGAAGGAGGAGCAGAAAUUGCUCUUGGCCGCCCAGCAAAUCAAGUUUACACCUACGAAUGACACAGUUGUAAAGUCCAGCUUCGUCAAGAAAUCAGCUCUUUUGUCAUCCGGAAAAGACUUCCGCUUCAACUUUUCCGCGCCCGCCGAAGACUCCAAUGCCAAGGAGCCCCAUCCAGCUCCCAGUGCCAAGGAGCCCGAUUCAGCUCCCAAGGUGCAGACCAAUUUCCAGGAGAGCUCCGGAAGCCCAUUCAAGUUCAACUUUUCCAUCGAUGAUGAUUCCGCCAAUAAUAUCAACAUAAGCGGGUUGAACCUAAAUAAUUAGUUAUGAUCCAUUAUGGCCGGAAUAACAGACUGAUGUUGCUUAUGUCACUACUUAUACAAAUAAAAGGUUUAUUAUAAAAAAUA